GUUCAGGACAGGAACCGCAUCAAAAAUUGAAGCGUGGAGCAACCGGCGCUAAACCAUAACGGGAAAUGCGGCGCCGCUCCGAUUUUUUAUCUGGACUUCCGCUUCUCCCCCAACGUCACUCCUUGGAUAUCCCUCCUGCUGUGUCCUACGACCCUCACUCCAUCUACUUCUGAAUUAGUCGCUCGACUGUUUCAAGAUGUCUACCAUUGCUAUCGGUCUUGGUGUCGCUACUGCGGCCUUCCUGGGUCGCGCCGGUCUUGUUGCCUACCGUCGCUCCAAGGGAGGUGUGAACGCCAUGGGCAAGGCCUUCUACAAGGGUGGUUUCGAGCAGCGCAUGACUCGCCGUGAGGCCGCCUUGAUUCUCGAGCUUCCGGAGCGUACCCUGAACAAGGACAAGGUCCGCAAGAAGCACCGUCAGCUCAUGCUGCUCAACCACCCCGAUCGUGGAGGCAGCCCGUACCUGGCGACUAAGAUCAACGAGGCCAAGGAGUUCCUCGACAAACACACUUAAGGCUCUUCCUACUCGGAUGCUCAGCUGACGACAGUUCGGGGCGUUUGUGGUGUGGGAGAGGAAACACGAACAUGCACGGGAUACUUUAGGUAUCUUCUAUUGUACAAGAGAGAUUAUAUUUAGGGUGUGCAUAGCGAGGCGUUGGUGGGAUUCCUUUUUCCGAAGAUGAAAGAUAUGUCUUCGUGCUCCUUGCGUGGGGCUUUGUAUUAUUGUCUACUAUAUCCUGAUGAGAUCGCCACUCUUGAAUAUAUAACUAUCCGUUUGGAUUUCGUUUGUCACUAUACCUUCUGCUUUCUCUCUGUUUCAAGGGCCUACUGAUGGGCCUGUGGCGUAAGUCGGGAGCAUGCGUGUCUGGCAGAUAAUGGUUUCCAGUCGCUGCCUUUGAUCUUGUAUCAGUCUCUUGGCACUUGCUUCAUGAUUGUAUGGCACUCGAUGUGUAGAGCCGUCACAGCUCCUCAUUUGAUCAGGUGCAUGCAGACAGUGAUUG